AACAAUAUUAUUAAUAACACCGAGAAAAAAAAGUACUAUAUUACUACUAUUAUUCAUUAUUAUGAUUCUUAUUAUAAAUUUAAUGAAGACAAAAUAACAUUCCAACCGUCAAUGUGCCACACGACUUUUUAUAUGCUCUUAAGGAAACUAAAAGACGCUAACGCAAAGUUAGGGGUACGCGAGAUUAAACAGUGAUUGUUGUAAAGCAGCGUGGAUGGGGUGAACAACGCCAGGUGUUCAUAAGGGCUGCUAAGGCUCUACCAGCAAAAGCUCGAGAGGACAAUGAGGAGAGGCUAACUUUUCAAAGAGAAACGGGCGUCAUUCGCGUGAACCUCCUCAUCGCUGCACCCGAGAGAGCUUAUCUCGUAAUUUCUCGUCGGAAACUUGCAGGACGAUAAUUCACUCCGAUUAUUCGUCCAUCAUUGGACUUUGAUAGGAUCUUUGUUGGGCGAUCGUUUUCUCGCGUUUUCUACGUUGCUAGCAGCUUUUCUUUUCACACGCUGCAAAAUAUUUUAUAAUUCUUCUAGCACAAACAUAUUAGGAAUCCCUGAAAAUUCUUGAAAAUUUAUGAUCCUCGAUAUAUCUUGAGACAGCGUGCGAUUUAAGAACAGUCGUCGAUUUAUUUGGCUUUAUUUGGCAUUAUAUGAUAUAAAAUUUAAGAAUUUUGAUUUAAAACGGAGCUGCAAAAUUGCUUGAUAAUUUAAUUUGCUCGUGUUUGACUGAAAUACUUGAUGCAUAUCAGACAUCAAACAUAUAAUAAUAAAUAUGACGCAAAAGGUUUCGUAAAAUUAACAUGAAAAAAUGGGACGUGACAGAAAUGUUCCGAGCUGAAAAAAAUCUUAUCGAACGAAUAUUUUUACUUUUAUCGGUAAUACCCUCUUACUUUUGACAUUCGAAAACGAUUUUAGGUCGGUCUUCGACAAAAGGACGCUCGAGAACACGUUAUUCUUCUCGGUGAGUUCACGGUGAUUAUUCACGUUUUAUCACAAUAUCUGUGUCAUACUUGCCUCGCGAGCGUGAAAAUGGCAAUUCAUGCGAUUUAACAUAACACAGCUCCCGUAUGCGAUUAGCGAUAUAAAAAACGUCAGACGAGUUGCGAGACGGGAAACUUGCUUAAUGAAAUAUGUCGAGCAGUUUAUAGCGGAUAUUUCCAGAACAAAAUUCGAAGAUAGCAGAUCGGAUUAAUUGGCUUGAAUCUCACGCGAGCGGGAAAAGAGCAAUGUCGCGCCGUGUUUCCGUGCGAUCGAUCGAUAUCGCGUACCGGUGGGAAACGGAUUUGAUGAUCGGUGACGACAGAUCCGGAACAGGCGUACGAGUGAUUACGAUUGCAAUGAUUAUCAUUGUAUAAUUAAGUAGACGUAGGCGUAAGCACAUUUAUUAACUGGUUCAUUGAUUGUGUACAUUAAUUGCCAUUGCGACCGUUACGCGCGCGAUAGCGAUUGGGGGAGGAGAGUGAUUACUAUCAUUAUCAUCAUGAUCAUUAUUAUUAUAUGAUUAUUGUUACAGGCGAGUAUGACAGAUUGAUACGUGUAUAUGUAUGUGUGAAUGAUGGGAUGUAGAAGUGCACGAAAGUCGCGUACCUGAGUAUGUGUGUCCGGAAGUGUAUAUGUCACGAACGGUAUGAAUGACGAUGAGGAUAACGGAGUGCGUGAGGUACACGAACAUACGUACAUACGAUACCAAAUAAAUGAUACAAAAAAGCGACAGUGACAUACGCACGUCACAGAUAUACGUACACACGUUACCGUCCAGACGCAAAGUGUUCCAGCAGCUUCGAAAAUUUACGUAUAAAUAUUUAAAUACAUAUGUGCAUAUAGGAACAAACGAACGGAUAUCUGAAAAUUAUUCAAUACAUGCAACGUGUGACUUAAAAAAAAAUGAGAGAAAGACCAGAUCUAUAUGCAUUUGUGUGCACAUGUACAUGCGAUUUGGACAACGGUGGACGUGUUACUUCGUCAUACACACAUACAAAUACAAGUGCAUAAGUGUCAUCGAAAUACGCACACGGGAUUAUACGUGCAAAAGUCGUGACAGCGGUACCUAUCGUAUCACGUAUAUACGCAUACGCACGCAUCUAUUCGGGCAGAGAUUCGUGGGCGGUUUGUCGAAUUGCAAGCGUCAAAUGCAAAACCAACAGAUAACGUACAUACGACUUAUUUAUUACAAUAUACAUACAUAUGUAUGAGUAUGUGUACGCGCGGAUCGAAUGUUUGCUGACGACGGCGCUUGACCGACGUCGCGAUAUCUCUCGUUGUCAUCCUCAUCCGUUAUCAUCCUCAUCAUCAUCAUUGUUACUAUCGCCAGCAUCGUUGUGUAUUAUUAACAUCGUUAAAUAUCCCUGUAAGAUCGUUACGUUAACUAUUAAUUUUGCACGUGACACGCGCUUCUUCUUUAUCGUCUCACUGUCUUAAUUGAUCACUAUCGAAAAUCAGACAAAUUACGUUUCGCCGAAAAAUUGCGACAUAUUAGACAUGACGUUUAUUAACGCAUCUAUGUCCAUUAACUUUAUUACGCGUUCACAUAUACGAAGAGCAUAUUCUCAAUACAUACAUCAAAACAGUGUAUCAAACACCGGUGGAGCAAACGUGUUAGCAAUUUAAAAUGUAAUUCUGAAAUUUUUGUUUGUGCAAGGUUUUAUUGUGAUCUGAUUAAAUAGUAUGUUAAUUUUUCGCUCACCUCUAUUUUCUUAUUUUUAUCGGUUCCUGUCCUGAAAGCACUCCGGAAAUAUCACCGUUUCGCUUUCCGCUAAAAUCGCUUUCCACGUGAACAUGAGACAGUAAUGUUUUGCGCUUUCUAUUUUCGAAUUUGUGUUACAUUUAUUGAUCUGUUCAGACGAGAAUAAAACAUUUGCUCGCGCUGUUUUUUGGACCAAAUUGAGACACUUUCGAAAGCACAACUUAGAAAUCUUCUAAAUAUUAGACAUCAUAAAUGUCAAGUUUCGAAGUUUUUGAUCUUUUGUCGUUUCUGGGACUUCACUCCACGUCAUUCCACGAUCAUUCCACCGCGUUCCCUUUAUAUAUAUUUGUAUACUAGGCAAGUCCAUGUAAUCAUCAAAAGGACUGGUGGAUCGUACGCGGCUGUGUAAAAAAGACUACGUCAAUUCAUUCCAAUGGAGAUAUAGACUGCGAGUUCCCGUUGUAAUAUCGCGUUUUUUACUUUGUUUUUAGUCAGCUCAAUGCAUCCAGAUUAUAUCAUAUUCGGCUAUCGAUCUGCAUGCUUUUCGCUUUUCAUAGCGUUGGCGUGCAGCCGUAAUUAGAACAAGCGUUUGCGUGCGCAGUCCGGUUAGCCUCUGAGCAACUGUGUGCAACUGCGAGUUCUGUGAAAAUAGGUACUUUUGUUCUCCGUUUACGCACUUCGCGAACGACAAAUUUCCUGGCAGGUGCACGGAAGACGCAUCGCGCCCACCUUGCGCGACAAUGUGGCACGCGUGACCAUAAAGACGCGUGGCUUUCGCAAUAUUGGAAAACGUUACGCGGAAAUGGGAGGUUCUCUCAAGUAAUGGUGAACGCGAAAUGGCGCCCGUCGGCUUUGCUGAAAGAAGCCACGCAAAGCGAACGAUUGUUCCGUGUUGGAACAUGUCGGAAUCAGUGAACUAAAUUAAUCUCACGAAAAGAGUAUAAAUUCCCAGAACAGGUAUAAGUUGGGAUUACAAGUCGUCUCUCUUUGCGACGGCAGAAUUGAAUACUUGGAGAUGCGGAUGACGUUAGCCAAAUCGCAUAUAAUGAUCCGAGAGACGUCUGAAAGACCGUCUAAGAAAUAUCUAGAGGAACAAGACGGCUUUUAGACACCUUUUAGAUAUUUGUAUUAUCAAAUCGAUAGCGAUAUAUCGAUGAUUCAGAUCCAGCGAGCCUAGCGAAACUACAGAUCCACGCUGCUUUACCGCGAUGUGGCCCCCAACGUUAAAUAAAUCGUAAUUCUAAUUUGGUUGUAUAUAGACCGCGCGAAUCAUAUUUGUACAUACCGCGUAGACGUAUAUACGUUUUUCUGUAAAUUGAAGACACAUUUUAAUAGCCCCGGUCGAUCGGAUCGGUUCUUCUUCAUAGGCAAGGACACGCUUAGAAAUCCGUUUUAACCAGCCACGAUCCUAUGUUAAAUACUCAUCGGUGACGAUCAUAUGACUAUCUGUCUCAGAAGUGAUAACAGGCUUCUCACGCGAGCUACCUGCAAUCGGCGUCUCGCAAAAUCGAUCUCGGCACUCAGAUUGUAUCAUUAUAUUAUCGGACGAGUAGACGCGGGGGUGAAUCGGGUAUCAGUUUAGAAAAGACAUCGAUCGAAUCAUUGCAUUCAGUAACAACGUAACCACGAAGGCAAAUUGCUAGUUUUCGUCCGCGGCAUUUUCCGCAAUCAUUAAGCGUCGAUAUCCCUAACACAUCGAGACGCCGAUCGUACAUUCAGUAGCCGCCAUGUACAUUAUCCAUUGUUUUACUCCUCGAAUCAAUCCAUGUACCACGAUAGAUGUUUUGAAGGCACAACAAUUGCCUGAAUCGCGGAGAAGUCGUCGACCGUCGGUGUUAGGGGAUGAAAUCCCGACGCGACUACACGAUCGAUAUUAAUCACGCGAUAGCGUGACGGGAGCACUCGUUUUGCCUGUUAUGUCGAUCGAAUGCUGCUCAUUGUUCUUUCCUUCGUUCGAAGCGCGCGAUCGGCACCUUUGCCGGGGGUGGAGAGCAAAAGAACACAAUCUUAGAAUCGAUGGUCACUAAUGCGACGGUCAUCGACCUCCCGACGAUUCGGCCACCAGGGCACCCCAUUAAACAGGGCGUUAAUUAAUCCCCCAGCUAAUCAAGCAACAGAGCCAGUUCUAUCGCGUGAAACACCGCGGGCGCUAUCAACAAGCGUGCGCCUUUCAGGCGCCGUCGUUUUUAUCGUUGUAUCCAGCACGGCGGAAGCUUGCUUCUUAAGUGAAGCAGCCCCCUCCCCCCAAGCCCCAUCCAACCCCUCAGCCCACUCAAUUCAACCCCUCGUGGGAGGACCCGGGUUCUCCGCAUCGGUGGCGGUAGUGAGCGGGUCAGUUACAGCCCGCCGACGUAACGUUUAACAACGCGUUUUUGUUUUGUACCUUACUUCUUUGUUCUCGUGUCCCUUCGUGAUCGUUCGUUAAGUACAACAACAACAACAACAACAGCAACAGGAACAGCAUCGCAUGCGGGAUAUUAAGAAUAUCUCGCAGCGCUCAAUCGCGUACCUUCGUACCUUCUCGAUCGAGCGCCCGAUGCUCGAUUGACCUUUUACCUUCUACCCUCGAUUUCUUCCCCCUUUACCUUCCUACCACCUGACUUUCCUUGUCCCGGACUUUCUCCUCCUUCUGAUUUAAACAAUGUAUCUUCUAGUUAUUAAGGUACCCGAGCUAAGCUCCGGGGCGUAUCGAGGAUUCGACAUUUCUCUCGACUCGUAACGAAAUUGUAAUGAUACCGGUGUGCUUAUAAAAAGGAAGAGAGAGCUUGAUCGAGCGUGAAAAUAGAAUGAAGCGUCUCGGAAGUAGCGUAAAAAUACGACAGAAGUUGAUUUAUCGCCGACUUUCGAUCGUCAUUAAAUUAACGUGCGAACGUCUAGUUAUUUACGGGCGUCUUGUUUUGAGAGCGACGAAUUGUUCUGCUGAUAUAAUUGGCGCCGCCUGUGAUAAUCAUCUUGACUGUGAAUUAGUAAUGUAACACGCGAUAUCGAUGCACUGAUAAUGGAUACCUUGAUUGCCAAAUGAUCGUUAGUGGAUCGCUUUCGAGCGAUCGCGGCGAUUGAUUACGCGAGCGAGUCGCAAAAUUCAGACAAUACGGCCGCGCGACGACGAGUUAAACUGCGUCGCUAAAUCAAAAUUAGGAAUCUUUAACGUCGUGCUAAAAUAAACGCGAAUGAACUAUGCACGCGAUGCAGGACUGAGACGCCUAGCGAGAGAUGAGAAUGAGAUCUCCAUCCAACGAUACGCCUCGAUCCGACCCACCACCCUUGUCUAGACGUAGCACUUUCCCGUAAGCUUGAAAAGAAAGAUCGUACGUAAUGCUGACAGAAGCAACAUGACCAUAUACACAUAUACACACAAUGCGUCUUUUCAAGGCAUGUACACAGACACACGGACAUGUAUGUACACGCUCCCACAAACGCGACACGCGGGUAUACACACGCAUAUACGUUCGUAACGAAGUAUACAGUCUUAGUGCAGUGUUUCAUAUAGUUAGAUAGAGGCGGCGAGAGAAUAUUUUUUAUAUUCUACAUGGAUUUUACAGUUAUAUAUUAUCGUUUCGUACCGGGAGGGAGAAAUUUAAGGCGCGCUAAUAACGCGGCAUAUAGAUAUACAUAUAUACUAUAUAUACGAGGACAUACGUACACAAGCACACACACGUACAAAGAAAGGGAUGAACACACAUACGCAUUCACACACGAUCUCUGAAAUACGUGUCGCCAUUUAUCGUUUAGACCGCGAUUGUAUUAUCGAUCAUUUCCGAUCAUUCUUAUUGCGGUAGGCGCUGUCGUUUAUCGUAUGCAUAUACAUAUAUAUAUAUAAAAAUAUACGUGUAUACAUAUAUAUACGUACAUAUACACAGAUACACAUAUACAUACAAACACACACUGACUAACAACUGAACACACGCAUACGUACGCAACACGUAGGCAUACGUGUCAUUCGUGAUCUCGUCGACGAUUAUACAUAUAUAUUAUCUCAUCGCUCAACGACAGUGCGACAGGUUUAUCUAAGGGCUCCUCUCGAGGAUCGGUCGAUUAAAUGUGGUAUCGGUAGCAGGUGCAAGUACGUCGCGCGUCUCACCCGUGCGUCCCUUGCACUUUCCUCCACCGACCGGAAGAAAGCUUCUCCUUAUUCCCGUUCCGUGAAAGAGACAGUGCACGCCGGAGGGAACACGUCAGGAUUGAUCGCGAGAUAUUGCAGGGCAUUUCUCUGACAUCUACGUAUACAUACCUACACAUACAUACCCACACAUACACACACACACACACAUAUAGACAAGGGACACACGUGAUACAUACAUACAUAUAUGACGAGUAUACCGAAACAACGUAUUUGCAAAUUAAUGUACUGAUCGUUUUUCGACGGAACGAGGUAGUCACGAGCAGAGAUCGAAACCGAGACACACCGUAUAUAUAGCACACCAUUUUCGAUGCUAUGAAUAAUAAAGGAUGUACUUUAACGUUGUCGCCAUGAACGAGCAUUAAUCUGGCGCGUCCAUUGCAUGACGAUCUAGAUUUAAGGAAUUUACAUCGGUUUCGAUCGCUGAUCAUGUGUAACGGGAAAAGAAGGUACACACGUAAAACACGCGUACAUGCGCCGGGCGAGAGCAAUUUCGGAACCGAGUUGACGUACACAAACGUAAUAUGAUGUAAUUAGAGUACAUAUUGUUUACAGCGUACAAUUAGUAGUAAUUAUUUCCGUUACGACUUUGUUUGAACGUUCGACGCAAGGUGCCGAUUCGUCUUGUCGAGCGCAUCGUCGACAAUCGAAGUGGACCUCCUGUUUGCUAAAACAGUGGUUCGAGACUUUCGGAGGCGAACAUUUUUUAUUUAAAAUAUUGAAAACUGAACUCGUUUUAUUUUUUCACGUUAAUGAUAAUCUGUCGUAAUCAAAAUUUCAAAAGUGAUAUUUUUCACGGCUGUUGGAAUAUGAGAAUGUAUGUGGACUCUUAUCUAACCGAAAGUCUAAACGUUUAAUUUAUUUAGUAGUGAAUACGUCGUUGUACAGAAAGAGAAUUUAUUUUUAUUGGAGAAUAGAAAUUUGGUUCGCGAAUCGACGAUAUAGAAUCGACGGAGAAUCAGCACCGGGCGAAGAAAGCGGUGCGCAUUUCGUGCGACAAGAUGCGAUUGAGGAAGGACGUUCGCGGGGAGAAUUAGGCGAGUAAUAAUUGACGAGGCGUGGCGAAGUGGAAAUUCAUCGGCGGUCGUCUGCUACUAAUUGGACCGCGAUCAAUUUUGGAGAAGCGAGCCAAUUUCGCGUCGAGCGAUAAACCAAUUGAAGAUCAAGAACUGUUGAUAUUGUUAAUUGUUAAUAUUGGGAUAUCCGAGCCAAUCGGAAGCUGCGGUACAGUUCUCGUUUUCUCGAAAAAAAAUGUUUUUUUAUUAAUAAAAAGUUUGCUUUUUUCUUAGAAGUUUGACGGUAAUCACGAGUGCAAUCACGAGCGAAGCAUCCUUCACUCGUAGUCGUCAUAAUUGAUAUUAUUAACUCGACGCGAUUGUCGAGCUUUUUAAACGCGCAUGAAAAUCGAACACUGCAUUUUCCGAUACGCGCAAAAAAAGAAAAAUUCUCUUGAAAUUCAGGUUUCAGUUAUCGGAGACUGGAGUCCUCGCACUCGCUAUCCCCACAUUAUUAUCGAGGAAUAUUAAAAUGCUAUCGAAGAUACGUUCGAUCUAUUAUUACCGAAAACGAGUAUGUGGCUGAGGACUUUAAUUAAAUUCUUUUUCAAUAAUUGGAUUUGCGUACGUGGCGUAAAAGAUGUAAAAUCUCGAAUUAUACGAAUGUUACGGAUUUAAAGACACUUAAAGUGUACCUACCGAUGAUUUUCCACUCUGUUACGAAUACGAAUGUUGUGUCAGACACGCGAGGCUUUUGCCACUAAAACUUUUUUAUCUGAACGAAAAAUUUCACGGCAAAAGCAAAGCGUUAUCUGUCACAGUGUGCGAAAUUACAUUGAAGGAAAUUUCAUGUAAGCCUUUCGGGCGUCUCUCGUGCGAAUACGAUGAUGUGAGAUGUAUAAGACGUUAUCGCGGAAGCAUAGUUUCGAACGGUGAACAGUGAACGGUGAACAGCGCGAGACCGAGAGCGAAAGAAAGAAGAAAGCGAGAAUGCGUGCGUGUAACAGAGAGCAGAUGACAGAACGCGCGGAAGAAGCGAGAGUGAGAGCGAGAUUGAGAGGAAAUCAAAGGGCAUUUUGUUGUGCGAUCUGUGAAUGAAUGCGAGAGCGGCGGAACGAUCGCGGUGCGUACGUGGUUCGUAGUUCUGAAACAUGUGAUACGUCAGCCGGCAAGCUCGACUUCCGGGCAUCGACGAAAGGAAAGAAGCCGGCCGUCUUCCGGUAGCCGGUCGGCAAAUCAAAAGGAGAAACUCGGUAGUCGGAAGUGUCGCCGGAGGUCGAUGCUGGCUGGGUGGCGCACCUUUUGAAGGUUCUUUGAGGUAGGAUGCUCUUUUGUUGACGGUUGAUUGUUGUCAAAAUGGUUGUGAGGUAUAUACUAUUUGAAGUAUAUGUUAACGAUACGAGGAAAGGGAAGGUACGGCAGCCGAAUGAGAGACGCGACGCGACUUUGACGAAAUUAUUUCAAUUCGUUUUACUUGGAGACCGAUUCUUCAGGGAGAAAUUCUUCAAUUUCUUCCUUUUCUUUCCUAAGCAAGGGAGUCAGGACCGCAAUAGGAGAUACGCGGAAGUUCUGCUUGUUCAAAGUUGCGCCGCUUCGCUCGUGAGAGCUCGGCACGAGAGGAGGAGACGAGAGGGAAAACGUGCGCUCUCCCGAUCUCGGGAUCUCGCCGAGGGGUGAAAUUAGCGGUAAACGCACUCGCGCGCGCGUGUACGCGAUGCCGCGAUGUAAAUUUGCUUUGACGUUGUUCGUUGCAUGCGAGUUCGUUACUAGUCCGUCGAUGGUGCAUUUGCUUCAUAAUUCCGUAACUGUAAUUGAUACGGUUGCGACGAAAAUCGUACGAAUCGAUUUCAUUGUCACCAUACGUUGAGUUCUCAAGUUCUAUUCAGAGAAGGUAGAAUCCGUGCAAACGUCAACGCAUUUGACGCAAAAGAAUAUGUUUUAUUUGGAAAUUUAUUAAUCGCGACUUGUCCUAUUUUUCGACUUAAUUGCAUUCCAAUCGAAACGAUUUUUAUGAAUUAAUAGCGUGUAAACGUUGCAUUUUUAUUUGUGUAAGCGUUUAUAUUUUUGUUUCAAUAACGGCAUCCAUGAAUCAUAGCAACUAUUGAAUGGUUUACCGAAAUAUGUGUUGUAAUAUUUACAUUAACGUUAGUUUAGAUUUACAUGACAUGCCUUAUGUAUAAAAGUUUCUGUUAACUUUGUAUAUACGAAGAAACGCAAGCGGAAAUAACGGUAUUAAAUUGCAUCGCGCAAGAUUUGCGGCUGCAGAAAUAUGGGAAGCGAAAUUAGAAACCACGAGGGAGACGAAAGCCAAUUAGACGAUUACGUUUUCGCGCAGCGCGCGAUCUACUGUAAACUGUUAUUGUUAAUUAUUGUCGCUCGUCAUGCGCAUGUGUGUAUGUGGACGAAUGUUGAUUAGAAGACCAAAGCCGGCCCAAAAAGGGUCGGUGAACCCCUGACAUUGCGAAUUGUAUGUUACGAGCGCACGUUUUCCCUGCAUAAAGACGGAAACACGGUCGUCUCCGAAGAAAAAAGCGUACAACUGGCAUUACAUUAUUUGCGGAGUCCGGUCCGAGCAUGAUAGCGCCGACGAUGAUGAAUCGAUUCGUCAUCGUCGUUGUUGUCGUCGUCGUCGGUGGCACUUUCUCACAUUUCCUUUGGAUGAGAACGCGGUCAGCUCGACCGGGCUCGGCGGAAGAAACAUGAGACUGAUACAAACCAGUAUUCGUGCGAGAAAUUGUAAAUUGCGAGAGAUAUAAAUUGCGCGAUGUAGCCUUAAUAAGAAAGAACAAUUAGGUUUAUUUAGAGACCGGUGGCGCCGGUUCCACGAAAAAUCAUCUCAAUUGGCUGUAAGUAAAAAAAAGAGGAUAAAAAAGAUAAGGAAAGAAGAAAAAAAUACCUCUUGUUGAGGGUCGGUGGAAUCAGGGGUUUUGCAUUGUCAUCGACGAUGGCGCGAGCUGAGCGUCGAUACCCCGCGUCGAGAUAUCCGCCCUCGCACGGCGUAUCUAGUGAGAGUAAUGUUAUUAGAUAAACUUAAGCGUACUUCUUUUUUAAAAGCAAAGCGCGGAUGGUAAACGGAACACAAAAUGCCAGUUGUAAGACGGGGGAUUGUAAUGCGAAAAGCACGUGUUCUGAAAAGGUGUAACUGGUUCCCGGACGAAGGGAAGUAUUCGCGGGCAGGUUGGAGCGGAAAGUAAGUAAGAAAAAAUGGCAUUGUGACCGAGUAGGGAGAAGGGUAGGGGAUCAAAAACAAACCGCAGCGAAGGCAAUGAGCACGGAGCACGAGAAAAGCGAUAUGUAUACAUAAAUCGCGAUACAUAUAUAUAUAUACAAUAUAUGUAUAUAUAUGUAAAUGUGUGUGUAUGUAUAUUUUAUUGAGCGACGAGAAUGCGUAUUUAACACUUUCGGCCGCUGAAGGUACGAGAUCGAAUUUUCGUUUUUUUCCUAUCUGUUGUUUGUCAUUCUUUGCGGUACCGUUUUUCGGGGACACCCCGUCACGCGUUCCGUGAGAUACGAUUCGGGUGUACACACUCGCAUACGUACGCAACGCAAUGCUGUUCAUGUGUAUACGCGAUAGAUUAUUUCGGAAUAUAGAUGCGGGGGACAAAGGGAAAUAGAGAAACGACAGCUUUACCGAUAGCGGGACAGUAGUUAUUUGCAACACGUGCACACACAUGUAACACACAUGCAUACACAUGUAAAGCGAUCCAAGCGAAACACACAAAAAAAAUUGUAUGAAUAUAAUGUUUGCAGUUAGGUGGGACCAAAAACGACUUUAUAUCUCUAUGUGCAUAUCCAAGCAACGUGUAAUUUAAUUAAUGAAUUAAUUAAUUAUCCAUUAUUAAUGACUAGGUAAAGUAAAAGAUCCAUUGAUAGCGAUCGAGAACGAUGACGAAUGAUUAACGAGUAAUUAGCCUAUUAAGUUUGUUUAUUGAUACAUUAUUCUAUGACAUAAUUAUUAUUAUUAACUUUAUUGCCUCUAUUAUUAUUAUUAUUAUUAUUAUUAUUAUUUUAUUAUUACAUUGAUUAAAAUGACGAUGAUAAUAUUAUUAUUUAAACAAUGUUUUAAGGCGAUUAUCUAGAUAAUAGAGAACAGUACGUAUCUAUUAAUUAUUUUUAAUUAUUAUUAUUAUAUUCUUAUUAUUAUAUUAUUAUUAUGAGACAUUUUGUUGUAUUAUUUUCAAUAAAAUUGAUUGAAAAAUAUUCAGUUGAUUAUAAAUGUACCGAUUGGUUAAUUUUCACUUCUCCGAAUGUAUUGUGCAAUUGCAUAUGUUUUCAAUUUCUUUCGUAGUUUAAUGUUAUAUAUUUGCGGUCUCAGUAAUGCGAUUGAACGUAUUUUGAAUGUUUUUAUUCAUAAUAUAACAUGCAAAUUGUCAUAUAAAAUAACUCUGUAAUGAAAGAAAUUGAUACAUUUCAUUGUUUAUACACGGAGAAGCAUUUUUUAUACUAUAAAAUUGCGAUCUCAAAAGAACGUUGUUCGUGCAAUCGUAAACAACUUUUCUGAAAUUAAUAGAGAUUUCUGUAGUAGCUUAGACGAAUGCAAUUUCUGUACAGAUAAUUAAAUUCUUUGUUUGUUACUUAUGCUUUUAUAAAACUAUUUUUCUUUAAAGGUAUUAUUGAAAAAUAACUACAUAUGCAAAAUAAAACUGAUUAUAAAUUGUGUGUUGUUGAGGUUGUACAGAAUGUUAUAUAGAAAAAAUUAAAAUAGAUAAAUAAACUAUUAUAAUCGGUAACUUAAUGAAGUCUAAUAAUUAAAAGCUCACUGAUUUGCAUGUUUUAAUUACUAUUUGUUACUUAAUAUUAAUUAGAUAUUAUAAUAAUAAAAUAUUUUAUAUGCUUUUAUAUACUUCUAAAUUUAUAUACAUUUUUUCGAAUGUUAAAGUUAUUUCGGGAAGUGGAUUUUCAUGAGAUCUCUGAUUCUAUUCUAGAAAAUUUUUGACACGUAGCGGACAACGUUACAAUUUGUGAUUGCAACUGCCAUCCCACCCGAUUGUACUUUUUUACUUUUUUAUUUUAUUUAGAUAAUAUUAUUUGAUUCCAUUAGCCGCGUCUGUAUACGAUUAUCUCUCCGCUACCCUUCGACCAUCUUACUCCUUCAAAUCCCUCCUCUUCGUACCUCUCUAUCCUUCUUACUCUCACGUGUCUCCGAAUAAUUUUCGUGACUCGGAAGAACGGGGGGAAGAUGGAAGGCUACCGAAAGUGAAAGAAACGGAGAAUGCGAAGUAAAACGGGGGGAGAACGAUUUUAAGCCAGAGAGCGUGUUAUUGUGGGACAAAAAGAGAUAGGAGAACCAAGUGACGGAAGAAGAAGAAGAAAGCACGGAACAAUAGAUGAGGAAAAUAGUCGUAAAAGCCACACACAUAAAACGCGUACAGACACACAAAACACAAAUGUACUAAGUAAGUUCAUACUGCGUAUUGCCUUUCUGACUUCGGUGUGAAAAUAUAUAAAUAAAAAAAAUCAGUCGUGCUGGGGCACGUGCAUGUUGCGCGAUAAUAUAUGUAUAUAUAUACACACACAUAUAUAUACACAUAUAUAUUAUAGUUAUAUUAGCGUUUGAUGAGAGCGAGAGGGAGAGAGAGAAAGAGAGUGAGAAAGAGAGCGAGAAAGAGAGAGAGAGAGAGAGAGAGAGAGAGCGCGAGAGGGAGAGACGAAGAUUAACUGCUUCCGCUUCUUCCUGUCAGUCUUUUUGCAUUCCUGUUUUGCCAUACUUGCUCGGUACUUGUUUCAAGAAAUAUGUACUAAUAUAUAUAAAUAUUUUGCAAAGGAAUAUCUCGUAUGCAAUCUUACACAUCCGAUCGGAGACGUAAUCUAUUUUUUUCUCGUAUAUGACAUUUUUUUAAACUCUGACUUGUCCUUGAUUUAUUAUAAUUUAUUUAUCGUCAGGCGAACGCGGAAGUAGCGGAUGGCAGCAUCCUUCACGUAAAUUUUUUUCACUGUUCCGUAAGAAAAAAUCCUACGCCGAAAUGUGCGCGUCCCAGCUGACUGUAUCUGUUUCAUGUUUUUCAAUAUUUGUAAUUUAUCGAUAAAAUUAUAAAAGGUAUCGAUACAUAACAGUCUAAAGUGUGCGCUACUCUACAUAAUAUUAUUAUAUAUAAAGUAUAAAAGCAUACAUUAUAUAUAUAUUAUAUAUAUAUACAUAUAUAUUAUAUAUGAGAAGUAUAAUAUAUAUAUAUUAUACAUACAUUGGGAUUGGUGAGAAUAUACGGUUUUUUCGCUUUGGAGUGUUAUUUUCUGAAAAUAUUGAACAAAAUAUGGAAAAAAAAUUAAUAAAAUCAAUGAGUAAAAACAAAUCAAGGCCGUAUCCAUGUUUUUUUACUCUCACCCGAUGUACAACGUGUCGUUAACGACAGGCGAUUCUCUCUGUUGGAUUUUGCGAUUACAUUCACACCGCGUGAAUGCACAGGUGUGUAUAUUUGAUGCGAAUAACUUUAACACGUACCUACAUCGCGUAACCUAGUUUUCAAUACGUAAUAAAUAAAAUCAUCUAACAUGUCGAGUUCUGAAAAAGAUUCAACGCUCGAGGAAAAGCAUGAUGAAGCUGUUAAAAAUAAAGACGAGGUUAUUUAAUACAAUUUAUUUUUCAGAUAUUUUAUUAUAAUUUAAAACGUACGAUUUCAGACGUACUUAGUGCUUCAUUAGCCUUUUAAAUUUAUAUGCGAAUAAUUUUAAUCUAGUAAUUCCGAUAACGCUUGAAAUAUAAAUAUCGCGUAUGAGUUAUAAACGGAUGGAGUAGUUAUAUUAUUACAACAGAAUUUUCCAUAUUGUGAUAAAAUUUUAAUUAAACGACUUUCUCGUAAAACUGUAUUUUUAUUGGACGUUUUCACUUGCAUCAUAGAUCUUUGAAAGAAUCAUGUACAUGCCAACUCUUCCAAGCGCUUUUAAGAGUCUUGUCGGGAGGAAGGUAAAGAUUGAAAUGGAAGAACCGAGAUGUCUUAUCGAGUUGGUAAAACUUUAUGUAUAGAAUAUUGUAGAUUUUAGUUUUGGAUAUUAAAAUUAUACACGAGGAAAUAUUUUCCAUCAAUGUACAGAUUGCUAGGUGAUCUUUUGGGAAUUACAGACUAUAAGAUUAACAAAGCUGCUUUUUGGUUCCUGGACACUAUAGCGCUUCAUGUUUUACGUUACAAGAAUCGUCUAGAUGAUCACUAUAGAGGUGUUUUGAUUAGUUGGUUGGCUGGCGAGAUGACCUUAAUUCGAGACAAAAGACUUCUUCGUGAAGAUUUUUUCAAGGAAAUGAGAAUGUUAUUUCUCUACGUUGCUGAAAAAUUAUCAAACGGCGAUCAAUUAUCACAUUGGGAAUUGCUUGUGGAUGAAUAUUUUAAAAUUAUGUCAAAAAAUUCACUCGAUGAAUCUAUCAAGAGAAGGGUGGAAUAUUCAGUUACAAAUAAAUUGUCUGAAGAAGAAUUGAUAGCAGAAGAUAAACAUGCAUCUCAGGAAAACGCAUAUCUUAUCGAGAGGGAUUUAAAAAUUCGCAAUUCUGAAAAUAAAAAAAGCAUAACAAAUUUAGAAGAGAAGCCAUCAAAUAAUUUUACAAAUUCGCUAACCACAGAGAGGUUGCAAACGGAUACCUUCAUAAAUGCAAACACAAUCAGUGAAUCCUCUAAGUUAAUAGAUUCAAACAUCGUAUUGGACGUAAUUAUUGAAGCGACAUAUAGCAUGUAUGCCAAUGAAUUGCGGUAUGCUCUUAUACAUGCAGUUUUCGUAAUGCCAAUACCGAUAGAAAUUUAUCAUAUGCGGCACACCUUACGAAUACCACGCCGAAUUAAGCUCGCAGAUCCCGAAAGAGGACCGUUUGACAUACAACUGUACGAAAAAUUGAAAAAAUCUGCCACUGAGGAAUCAAAAGUUGACCGUAGCAAGAGAUAUAAAGGAAAAAAUAAUGCAAAAAAAGGGCAAAUAGUUAAUGAUAUGGAUACGAAACUUCCUCCGACGCCAGCAUCUUCUUUGGACGAUGAAGAAAUACUAGCCUAUAAUCGUCAGUUUAUUUUACCGCUGAUAGAAGCAAAGGAAGCAGCGCAAAAAAUCUUCGAGUUAUAUGCAGAGGAUACAUAACGAGGAUAAAAGCAAAUAAUCGCAUGAUAUUGGGGGAAUACGGACUUUAUUCUAUACUUUAAUAGUUUAAAAUACAUAAAAUACAAUAUU